UUGAAAUGUCAAGGCUGGCAGGCUAUACAAAAAAUAUAACAAAGCUCAAAAAUCGAUUAUUAUACUUAGCCAUAACGAAGUAGUAGUACAUCAAAGAAACAAAAAAGCUGUUAUCAAAAACAAAAAUGGGGAAAAUCCUCUGUCUUUCUCUUCUACUUGUCCUUCAAACACUCCAUGUUGUUAACGCGGUCAAGUGUUUCGGAAGCUCCUUCAACGUUAACAGCAGUUACGCUCAGAAUCGCCCGAAAGUGUUCCCUACUCUUGCUGAUAAAGUCGUCACUAACGGCGGAUUCUACAACGCUUCACUCGGCCAAUCUCCCGACAGAGUAUAUGCUCUUGUCAUCUGCGCAAGAGGCUACGACAAAGACGCUUGUUACAAUUGUGUCCAAUCAUUGACUCAGAACACACAAACAGAAUGUCGAAGCCGCAUGGAUUCGUUCAUAUGGGGAGGCAAUGACGAUGUAACUUGUCUUGUACGUUCCUCAAACCAGUCCACUUUUGGGAACCUCCAGCUUAAACCUCCUGUUGUAUGGCCAAGUCCAGAUAAUAUCGAGUCAUCUAAAAACUUGACUCUUUUCGAACAACAGUGGGAAGAAAUGGUUAAUCGGACCCUCAAGGCUGCCACAGAAGCUGCAACUUCCUCGGUACUUAAGUACUACAGCGUCGAAAAAGCCGGGUUCACGGAGUUUCCAGAUGUUUACAUGCUGAUGCAAUGCACACCCGACAUAACUUCCCGAGAUUGCAAGCAAUGUUUGGGAGAUUCCGUGAUGUAUUUUAGAAAAGAUUAUAUGGGAAGAAAAGGAGGCAUGGCUAGUCUUCCAAGCUGUUAUUUCAGAUGGGAUCUAUAUGCUUUCCAUAAUGCUUUUGAUAAUGUAACCAGAGUUCCUGCACCUCCUCCUCGACCUCAGUCUCAGGAAAAGCAGAGCUGCAUAACAGAGAAAAAAGGAAAAAGCAUUGGGUAUGGCGGAAUUAUCGCAAUAAUUGUGGUUCUUACUUUUAUAAAUAUCUUGGUGUUUAUUGGCUUCAUCAAAGUCUAUGCACGGAGGGGGAAAUUAAAUAAUGUUGGGAGUGCAGAGUACUCUGAUUCUGAUGGUCAAUUCAUGUUACGGUUUGAUAUUGGUAUGAUCUUAAUGGCAACUGAUGACUUCUCUUCUGAAAAUACGCUUGGCCAAGGUGGAUUUGGUACGGUCUAUAAGGGGACAUUUCCAAACGGGCAAGAGGUAGCGGUAAAGAGACUAACAAAAGGAUCAGGACAAGGAGAUAUGGAGUUUAAGAAUGAGGUGUCACUCUUGACAAGACUCCAACAUAGGAAUCUAGUUAAGCUUCUUGGGUUCUGUAAUGAAGGAGAUGAAGAGAUUCUUGUCUACGAGUUUGUCCCCAACUCAAGUCUUGAUCACUUUAUCUUUGAUGAAGACAAGCGUUCUCUUCUUACAUGGGAGGUGAGGUUCAGAAUUAUAGAAGGCAUUGCUAAAGGUCUUCUCUAUCUCCAUGAAGAUUCUCAGCUGAAGAUUAUUCAUAGAGACUUGAAGGCAAGCAACAUACUUUUAGACGCAGAGAUGAACCCUAAAGUUGCGGAUUUCGGGACUGCUAGGCUGUUCGACACCGAUGAGACUCGAGCUGAAACAAGACGAAUAGCUGGAACCCGCGGAUAUAUGGCUCCCGAAUAUCUGAAUCACGGGCAAAUCUCGGCUAAAUCUGACGUUUAUAGCUUUGGUGUUAUGCUUCUAGAGAUGAUAAAUGGUGGAAGAAACAAUAGCUUUGAAGGAGAAGGACUUGCAGCUUUUACAUGGAAGAGAUGGGUUGAAGGAAAGCCUGAGAUUAUAAUUGAUCCUUUAUUGAUAGAAAAUCCAAGAAACGAGAUCGUCAAGUUGAUCCAGAUUGGAUUGUUGUGUGUUCAAGAGAAUGCAGCAAAGAGACCAAACAUGAGCUCUGUAAUAAUUUGGCUUGGCAGUGAGACUAUCAUCAUUCCUUUACCUAAAGCUCCUGCUUUCACUUGGAGUCGAUCCCAAUCUGAAAGUGGUGCAAUGUCAAUAAGCGACGAUGUCUUCACAGAGUUGAGUUGUCGUUAAAAGAUAAAUCAGUUAAUCAAAAUGUUGUUUCUGAAACUGAAGGCAAACUAUACAUUAUUGUAUCUUGUUAGUUGUUUAUCUUGAUCAUUAUCAUGAUCAAGGAACCUUUCAUUGUAUUUUGUGGUCUUGAGAUAUUUUCCCUUUUGGCAAAUAGACAGUUAAUGUUUGAAGUCUUUACAUUCUAAGCUUUUGUAAGCUUCUUCACAUA